CUCCAGCCAUCGCCGCACAACAGCACGCGCAAAGCACGCUAUGCAAUACAGCAAAGCCACAUCCACGACGCCCUUCGUCCUCUCCACCCUCCGGGAGAGCUCCGUCGACUCCUCUCACGCCGAACGGGCGACGCGAUUCAAACUGUCCCCUCCCUCCACCUCCAUUCAUGGUGAUUGAAUCUCCGCAGUCCCAUCUCUGCCUCCAAUAACCUCGAACACUCCCAGUGGACUGGUAAUAGCCUUGUCGACGUGGCAGGCAACGAGUGCGGCCUGCACUACCAUGGAUAAGCCAAUGCGCAUGCUCGCCCGGCUUCUUUUGACGCUCGAGUACGUUCCUAUGGCCACCACUUGUCUCCCCCGCUCUAUAUUCUUGCCAGCUUCGCGAAGGAUAGAGCGCGAUCGCGGAGCGUGGUCGCGCGUCCGCGAGUCUCUCCAGCGAAGGCAUGUCGCGAAGCACUCGUGGAAUCCGGCAACCUACGAAAAUCGCACCACGCGCGAGAGCGGGAAACACACCAUACGCGAUAGAGCUUGGGCAUGGGAGUCAGGCGAAGAGCUCGUGACACGUCCAAGCGAGGGCUUGUCUCGUCUGUUGGAGGAUAUAAAAGCGCGGCCUGCAGCUUCUCAGACUAUAGAGGCGGCCUUCAUGGUCGGUAGCGGCAAUCAACACUCCCGCAAUCAAGACCGAAUGGUCUGCUGGGGCUUUCCUGGAGCAAACACACGCUCCAGCUGGACAAUGGAGAAGUGGUGUGUGGAGCAAGCAACAAGGGCGCACUUCCCGUGCUAUAGUGCAGAGCUUGCGUGCAGUGUAAUCAAAAGAUUAAAGUAAUGAUAGCCAUAGUUUCCUUACGCU